AUGGACCCCCUUGUUGUAGAUAGUCAUAUUGAUUUGGAUAGUAUGGAAAAGAAGAAAGCCAAGUUGAUGGCCAGGCUUCAACAGAGAAACAGCAGUGCUACUUUGAAAAGUAACAAAGCUAUGACUCAAAAACAAUGUAGAGAGUUUGAACUGGACAAAUUGAUAGACUUGGGGAAGCAACAGGCAGAGCAAGGCAUAAUCGAUAAGCAAACGAUUUCAAGCCUAGAAGAAGCUCUUUCUCUUGAGUGCGGUGUUCACACAACAAGAAGGAUACAAAUGGUAUUAGAAAGUUUGAGAAAAGCGUGUAUUGCAAAAGAAAAGCUGCCCAAUUUGGGUGACUUUAGUUUUGUGAAGCGAUCACCGAAACGCUUAAGUUCAAAGCCAGUUCUUGAUGAGCUUACAAUGAAUAACAAUAACGUUUCGAAAGAAACAAACCUAGAGUUAAGAACAGCCAAGAACGAGAAUAUUAUUGACAUAUCCAAUAUGACUGGGAAAACAUCAAGCAUAAAGGGGGAUAAUGGUUCUAGUUUAGAUUUAAAAAACUUACGGGAUUGUACUCUGAAGUUUCUCUUCAAGCCUUCAGCUGUACAUAUGCAUAAUAUUGAGAAUUGUACUUUAAUUUUCCUUCCAAUCGACACAUCCAUACUCAUGUAUAAUGUCACGAAUUGUACUGUUCAUGCUUGUGCACAACAGAUUCGAGUUCAUGAUUCGAUUCAUAUAAACUUCCAUAUCGGUGUCGUUGGAGCUAUAAUAUUCGAAGAGUGUAAGGACAUGCGCCUAGCUCCAUAUAGAGUUUUGCAAAAUGGUCAACAAGUUUUACCACCCAGUGGUGAUCAAUGGAAACGUCCCAGUGAUUUCGACUGGCUUGCAGAAGGACAGAGUCCAAAUUGGCGUAUUUUACCAGAAGCUGACUGGGGCAGCAUGAUUAACAUUUAA